AUGCCACCAAAAAAAAGAGCGCAAUGGAGUUCAGAGACUUUGGCUGCUGCUGUUACAGCAAUUGAGCAAGGAAUGAAAAUAAAGCGGGCAUCAAUAAACUUUGGAAUACCACGCAGUACAUUACAACGACAUGCCAGAACUGGAAAUAAGGUUAAAAGUUUGGGUCGCAAGCCUAUCUUGAGCAAGGAACAAGAAGAAGAGCUGUGCUCUAGGAUAUUUAGAUUAGCUGAGAUAGGAAUGCCUCUGACAUCAAAAGUGUUACGCAGAACACCAGAACACGCCAAAAAUGUGACAGUGGUAUCUUGUGGGAAUGCUUUAGGCCAAGUAAUACCACCCGUCAUUCUUUUCAAAGGCAAAAGGAAUAAACCUGAAUUUUCGGAUAAUCUUCCUCCUGGAGCUAAAGUAUUCAUGACUCAAAAAGUGAGCAUGACUUGUGCUACAUUUGUUGAAUGGGUUCAUCACUUUGCCGAACAUAAACCUCCAGGAAAGGUACUUUUAAUUUUUGAUGGAGCUAAAUCCCAUUUAGAUGCGAAUAUUGUUACUGCUGCAGACGAAGCUAAUAUAACGUUAUUGUGUCUUCCGAGCAACUGCACCCAUGAAUUACAACCUAUGGAUAAGUCAGUGUUUCGUUCAUUUGAGUACCACUGGGACGAUGAGCUACAACGCUUUUGGGGCGUUCGUCCAGACAGAAAACUAACCAAAUCAAGUUUUGGCAUUGUGUUUUCUAAAGUUUGGCCAAAAGCGACUACACCAUCAAAUGUAGCAGCAGGAUUUCGAGCAACUGGCAUAUAUCCAUUUGACCCAACUAUAAUACCAGAAACCGCAUUUGCACCAUCAACGAUAUCAAAGAGACCUCAAGAAGAUCCUGAGAAAAACAUUGCAAAUCAUCCCGUUGUAGCUUUCACUAAACCUUCAACUUCUGAGGAUCGUCAAGACAUCAGUUCCACAGACGAAGAUAGUGACUUAGAAGCAUCAUCGUCGUCAAUUUCUUCUCCGGCACAUGUUACUGCCGAAGAAUCCAGUGACCAUUCAGAUGGUAACCAUUCACAAUCUUUUUCAGAGUUGCUUCCAACUCCAGAUCUUUCUACAAAGUCCACAGCUAAAAAUCCUGCCAAAAAAGCCAUUAAUUACAAGGCUGUUCAAGUAACAAAAGCACUGUUUUCUGACGAUGAAACAAUCACAGCCAAAUUAAAAGGUAAAUCUAAGAAGAAAAAUACAUCUUAUAGUGCUUUGUCAAAUCCCAAUGAAUCCUGGUAUUGUGUUUUAUCUAAUGAGGAUCGACAAAUAGACAUGAGACAAUGUACCCUAUGUACUACUUGGGUACAUGAGGAAUGUUGCGGCUUGACCUCAAAGGAUAAAAUAAAAAAUUUCAAGUGCCCGACAUGUGAAACUUAA